CGGCGCCGGCGGCGGUGGCGGCGGACAAGAUGGCGGCGCGCGGUGAGGACCGAGAGGCUCCGGAGGCGCCUUCGCCGCCCCCGCCCGGCCCGGGCGGCGGCGUCAACGUGUUCGCCAACGACGGCAGCUUCCUGGAGCUCUUCAAGCGCAAGAUGGAGGCGGAGGAGCAGCAGCGGGAGCGCGAGGCGGCGGCGGCGGCCGCGGAGGCGUCCGGUGGCGGCGGCGGCGGUACCGGCACGCAGCGCGGCGGGGCUGACGGCGCGAAGAGGAGCGGCGGCGCGCUCAGCUUCGUGGGGCGGCGGCGGGGGGGCAACAAGCUGGCCCUGAAAACGGGAGUGGUGGCCAAGAAGCAGAAAACGGACGAGGAGGUGCUGACGAGUAAAGGCGACGCCUGGGCCAAGUACCUGGCGGAGGUGCAGAAGUACAAAGCUCACCAGUGCAGCGACGACGACAAGACGAGACCCCUGGUCAAAUAACCCCGGCCCCCCCCCCCCCAAAAAAAACCACCCCAAAAUCCCGCGGGGGGGGCCCCCAAAACACCUGCUCAAAUAGGCCCCGCCCCCUCGCCGAAAUGACCUGUGGGGCGGGGCUGAUGACCACGCCCAGCCCCCAAAAAUUAUCCAAUUAAAUAGCGCUGAGACCCCCCCCAAAAAUAAAACAGUGAAGGGGGGGGUCCUGGCCUUACCCACCCCCCAAAAAUACUGAAUACAAUAACACUGACCCCCCCACCCCAAAUUUACCUGUGUGAUGGGGGCGUGGCCUAAAUGUGGCCACGCCCCUUCCCCAAAAAACUCAUUUAAAGGUGGGGAUACCCCCCCCCCCCCCCCCCAAAAUCCCCCGGACCCCCCCAAAACCCCCCUGUAAAUACCAAAUGGAAAGGUGGGGGCCCCGCCCCUUUUGUGCGGGCCACGCCCCUUUUCUAUCGCCCCGCCCCGAGCUGGAUUUGAUUGACAGUGCUGCCCCCCGCCCCCCCCAGCCGCGUUUUGGGGGAAUUUUGGGGGGGUUUGGGGGGGGCGGCACGGAAAUAAAGAGUUCUGAGGUUUCGGA